CGGCGGAAUUAUCCAAACAGACUUUCAACACACGGAGACGUACAGCGUGGAGCUUACGUGACAAGACGACGAACACAUCUUCUGUUUUGUAUUCAAAGUUACAAACGCGGGAGAUAUUGUCACGCAAACUGCAAAACACAUCUUAACUUCUGCUGCCUUUAUCUCAUCAACUGCCUAGAUAAGAGCUUAGAAAUAUCUUGAGGAAUUUCGUGCACAGACUGCAACUUUUAUCGCCGAUUUUUGGACUGAUUGACACGCCCCAAAAGUGAGAAUUCAAAAGGCUGGCGCUAUAAAAGCUCUUAUGUUUUUAGGAGAAGGGUUUGGACGGAUUUCAGAAAUUCAUUAAAGCACGAGCUGUGCUAACAGAGACGGUAAGGAAUGUAACGAUAACAUCUCACCUGCGCCUCAAGACACCAAAUACACGGAGCAACAAACCGACUAAAACACAAGACCAGCGAAUCAGAUUGCCUGCGAACGGGUCUAACUGUGAGAGUAAUGGAAACGAGACUCCUCCUAGUGCUGUUGGCUUUGUUCAUGUUUGAAGUGGCCUGCACACAUCGCUCCGCUCCCAGAGUACACCUGGCUUUUAAAGAACUUAUGGACACUCGAACAGCAAGGCCAUUCAGUUUUUCCUUCAACACCAGUGACUACCGGAUCUUGCACGUUGACCCAGACCAGGGGCGGUUGUACCUGGGCAGCCGUGAAUAUCUGGUCUCUCUGGACAUGCAGAACAUCAACAAAGAGCCUCUCAUUAUCCACUGGCCGGCUCCAGCUCAGAGAAAGGGAGAGUGUCAGAUGACUGGGAAAGGCAGGCAUGGAGAGUGUGCUAACUUUGUGCGUCUGAUUGAGCCGUGGAACAGGACUCACCUGUACACCUGUGGCACAGGAGCUUAUAAACCCAUCUGCACCUUCAUCAACAGAGGAUGGAGAGCUGAGGACUAUCUCUUCAGACUGGUUCCUGGAUAUGUGGACUCUGGCAAGGGAAAAUGCUCUUAUGAUCCAAACCAGGAGAAUGUCGCAGCCCUGAUUAAUGGAAACCUGUACGCUGGAGUGGCGGUGGACUUCAUGAGCACUGAUCCAGGCAUCUUCAGGACCAUGGGCAGCCGGCCAGCUGUGAGAUCAGAGCAGUAUGACUCGAAGUGGCUGAAUGAACCCGUAUUUGUUCACAUGAAACCGAUUCCUGACAGCGCGGAGAAGAACGACGACAAACUCUAUUUCUUCUUCCGUGAGAAGACUCUAGACUCAGGGGCAGGAGCGAGUCCAAGUGUGCUGGCCAGAGUGGGCCGCGUGUGCCUGAAUGAUGAGGGCGGACAAAAGUCACUUGUGAACAAAUGGACGACUUUUCUGAAGGCCAGGCUGGUGUGCUCUGUGAUGGGCGAUGAUGGGGUGGAAACCUUCUUUGAUGAACUGAGGGACGUGUUUAUCCAACCCACCCAGGAUGAACGAAACCCUGUGGUGUAUGGCGUCUUCUCAACUUCUGGCUCUGUGUUUAAAGGCUCAGCCGUGUGUGUCUACUCAAUGGCCGACAUCCGAAAUGUCUUUAAUGGCCCUUUCGCACAUAAACACGGACACAACUACCAGUGGACUACAUACACAGGGAAGAUUCCCUAUCCUCGUCCGGGAACAUGUCCGGGAGGCACAUUCACCCCAGGUCUCAAGUCCACAAAAGAGUUCUCAGAUGAAGCGGUUAACUUCAUUCGCGCUCAUCCUCUCAUGUACCACCCCGUGUAUCCCAUUCACAAGCGCCCUCUGGUGGUGCGCUCUGGGGUAGACUAUCGCUUUACUACAAUUGCCGUGGAUCAGGUGGAUGCUGUGGACGGCCGAUACGAGGUUCUCUUCCUGGGAACAGAUCGUGGUACAGUCCAAAAAGUUAUAGUUCUGCCCAAGGAUCCCACCACAAUGGAAGAGCUCACUUUAGAGGAAGUGGAAGUUUUCAGGACACCUGCUCCUGUCAAAACAAUGUACAUAUCAGCCAAAAGGCAACAACUGUAUGCAUCUUCAGAAGAAGGUCUUACCCAAGUGUCCCUGCACCGUUGUGGAGUAUAUGGAAAGGCCUGUUCAGACUGCUGUCUGGCCAGAGACCCCUACUGCGCCUGGGAUGGAGAAAACUGCUCUGCCUUUACACAAGCCACCAAAAGGAGGAGCAGAAGACAGGAUGUUAAACAUGGUGACCCUUUGCGUCAGUGCCGGGGCUACAUCGCUAAAGUGGAGAGGAGACUGCAGGAGAAAGUUCAGUUCGGCGUGGAGGGUAGCAGCACGUUUCUGGAGUGUGUGCCGCGCUCUCCUCAGGCCACCAUCAAAUGGCUUUACCAGAGAGAGGGAAGACGAAAAGCGCUGAAUCGAGAGGGAGAGGUUCUGAAGACUCCUCAGGGGGUUCUUCUCAAAACGCUCACCAAAGCAGACGCAGGGCUCUACCAUUGCCUGGCCACAGAAAAUAACUUCAAGCACACGCUGGCUCGUGUUUCCUUGCGCAUCCUGGACCGGGACAUCGCUGUAGCCCUCACCACCCCUGAUGAGGAGGAAGAGGCAUCGAGGAGCCAUCACAAAAACCAUCACCAGCACCCUGCAGCUCCUACCCCACUGCUCCUGAUGGAGCCAGAAAUGCGUCUGAUUCAGCAGUACUGCCAGUCCUACUGGGAGCAGCUGACGGCCGGGGGAAACUCACAGGCUGACCUCCCCAAACGUGCAAAUCGCAGACACACAGAAGCACUGAAGGCUAGUGGGGAGUGAGGAGCACAAGAUAAGAGAGUCGGUCACCUUGCUCCGAGUAGUUUGUGAACUUGCAUAGGUUAGUUCUUGUGCAGCGGCACCAAAAAGUAUUUGGACAUUUUUACACCCUUCAAAAUGCACUUAAAAUGAGACCUAAAGUGAAAAUGUUUUCAUUUAAAUGUACCUGCACUGGAUAAUUAAUGAAUAGUGGCCCCAAAACUUAUUUGGAUACUUUUAGACAAUUAAAAAUGAUUGAAUUAUUACAUUAUUCAAAAUUAAAUAUUUUUAGUCACUUAAAUUAACUAAAUUAACUGAAUUAAAACAUUCAUGAACAGUCCAAAUAGUUGGAACUUACUUUAUUUUUUAAACGAUUGAAACAUUUUAAUUUAAAAUGUUUUUUUUUAAAUAGUUAUUUCCUCAACACUGUCCCUAAAUUUAAUUCAAAACGAAUGUUCACAGUUUGAAACCCAGUUGUUUUGGAAUUUGGCAGGUUGACAUUUUGUUAUCAAAUUGAACAACAUUCACCCCAAAAUUAAAAUGUCCAAGUCCUUUUUGGGAUAGUUGUAUGUAAUCAUACAUUCAUUGUUCAUUCACUGAUCCAAAGUACAGACCAUUCAUCUGUUGUACUGGGAUCGUAGUCGUGUUGAUUUAGGACUUACUGUUUCCACUCGCCACAGUGAUCUGACUGCAUUACAGUAUUACAAACCACUCACAAAUUAAGCUGUAAAUGACCUUUAGGAUUCAGUAAUUACAUGCUGGGUUUAAUUUACAUAAAAAAAAAAUCAACCAAUAAACCACAAAGCACCUUUAAAGAUGAUAUUACCUCAUAAGCUUUGAAAACGUUCCACUAUCCUGUCGCCAGAAAGCCCCUUUGUUAAACCCUUUGUCAUUGGGCCAGUGCAAUUUCUGAUGUUCCAUUAUGUGGAUUAUGAAAUUGUCCGAAUAAUUUUUUGUAUGUAUGUUCAAUAGUAAUAUAUGUAUGGAUUCUAAUAACUGGGUUAAUAAUGGCACCAAACAUUUGCAAGUCACCGUCUGUGUGACUGUGGCUGUUUCUCACCAUUUGUAAUAUAUAUUUAUUUGAAGUUGUAUAUUUUUUAUGGGAUGGUCUUUGAGGAUACUGAAUAAGGGUGGAGGGCAUUUUUGCAUGAUUGAGAAAUUAGGUAUGUUGUCAUAUUUAUUUAAAUGCAUUCAAAAUGACUGACACUGUUUAGGAAAUAGCACUUUUAUGCUGUGCAUUUCGUGCUUUGUGUCUGGUUGAGCAAUCAUCUUUCAAGUGAAUACAAAUGUCACAGUUCACUCAGAUAAUAUCUAACACUGGAAAUAUUUCACAAUAUUUGUGUCCUUUUCUUUAGUUGAAUGGUAGAAUAGUUUAGUUGUAAAUUACAAUACUCUGUCUUGCUGUUAGAUGUUGACUUGUACGGGGGAAAAAAUAAUAAAUGAGGAAUAAUU